AUGGGGAUUAUUGCAGUUUAUGAAAUUCUUAAUCAAGAUAUUUCAUAUGCUGAAGAACACUUUGAGGAUUUUGUCAAAGCCAAGAAUGGUGAGUUGCCUGAUCAAAGCCAAACACAAGAAUGGUUCGACACCAUUCGAAGAGACAUUCAUCUUAAUCGCAUCAACAAGUCAGUGCCAAAAGAUCUGACAAUAGAUGAUGAUCUAGUAUCAUAUUUACUCAUAUUAAAGAACAUAUUAUAUCUGGACAUACCUUUACCUGAUACUCCAUCCCGACAUAUGAUCAGCAAGGCAUUUACUGCACUUGGCAUUGCUCAGCAUAGAGAGAAGCAAGAGAAGAAAGGCAAGACCAGAUACCAAGCAUGCCAGCCGAACUUGAUCAGGCAUGUGGAUAUCCACUUCUUAGGUAAAAAGAGAAGUGAAAUCCUAUAUGCUGUUAUCGAUGAUCGAUCACGCAUGAUCAUCGACUGGCAAUAUUUGAGCACCAAAGAGACCAAGCAAAUGGUGAUUGUAAUUGAAAGGGCCAUUGCCAGGUUUGGUCCUCACCAUUCAAUAUGGUUGGACAAUGGCGGAGAGAACCACUGA